AUGCGUGCGCCCAUUGUGAAUGAUGACGGAGAACGACCGGACAGAACAUAUGAAGUUGUAGACAGAUUAUGUGGGAUGGAUCAAUCUACCCGAGAGCACAUGAUAGACAGGAUUAUUGAUAUGACGGAUCCAUCUCAGAGCACAGUUCGAGGCCCAUCUUAUAACACGGCUCAUAGAGGUCGACCUACUGGUAGAGAGGAGCAAAGUGGACGACGCAUUCCUUCCUUUACAGAAAUAUCGACUUCAUCAUCUAGGAUCGAAUCUGGGAGACGUGGGAGGGGCGAGGGAGUUCGCAAAACUCAAGCGAACCGUGAUGAAUUUUCAGUUCCAUCCAUCCGUAUCGACUACAUUCAGCAUUUACCUCGAGCUUAUCAGCAUUACAUUUCUCACAUUAAUGACGUCCGAGGUGACGGUCAUUGUGGAUUUAGGGCGAUAGCCGCUCACAUAGGGUAUGGUGAAGAUCGUUGGGCUCAAGUUCGAAGAGAUCUCAUUAAUGAGAUUGAACAAAAUAUGGAUCUAUAUAAUGCGCUAUAUCCAGAAAUAGGUUGGGCAGACUACCUAAUACGGUCUUUAAAUUACUUUGAAGAUUCGGCACCAAAUGAGUAUUGGAUGGAUGCUAUGAGUAUGGGAGUUGUCAUCGCUUCGGCGUACAACCUUGUUCUGCAUACAUUUGAUGCGCUUCCUUCAGGUUGUUUUACUCACUUCCCAUUGAGAUCCCCUCCAGUUCCAGCCCAAGAGCGCAUUGAAAUAGCUAUUGCCCGUGUUGGGAACAAUCAUUUUGUGCAACUUUUCUUGCAGCCUCAUUACCCUGUACCACCCUAUCCAAUAUGGUGGUGGAACAAUUCAUCAGACGAAGCUAAAAGAUGGGCUGCUCGUUAUGCAACACGAAUUAGUUUGUGGGAAGAAAUAAUGGAGACAAGACCAAGAGGGACAGGAGCAGAAUUUGGUGGAAACAUUGAUUAG